UACAUACAUACAUCUAGCGCAUAGAAGACAACUAUAAUAAUAAUAAUAAUAACAACAACAAUAACAAAAGACUUACCAAUCAACGGAACAACUGUUGCUGAACGAAACUGAAUUUGCCUGCCUGCCUGUCGGCACUCUGAACUAACCAAGGGACAUUCACACUUCUCCACUGUCAUCGUCACUCGCUGUAGAAGAAGAAGACGAAGAGGAGGAGGAGUAGCAGCAGUAGUGACACACGAAACACAACAGUAUUUGUGGAAUUGCAAACUUUUAUUUUAAGACGACUCUCAAAGCACUAUUGAACGCACCUCUUCAACGCCAAAAUGGAGAAAUCCAUACAUUCGACGCCAGCUGGUAAAGUUUCGCAAAUUGCGAAUCUUUUCCAGCGUAAACCUAUCGAAAUACAGCCGGUGGAACAGUUAAGCGCCGCUGCAGCUGCUGCUGCCGCUGCCGCCGCCGCCGCCGCAGCAGUUAAUCAGCAACAACAAGCCAUUGGUGUUGGAAUACCGGCUACAGUUGUACGCACCGAAUCUCAUUCCGCUCGUUUCAAUAAUGCACGCGCGCUUUUCGAAAAGCUCGGCGUGGAGAACAAUUCGAAUUCGAAUGUGAAAAUGUCACGUUCCGGCUCGCGUGACGAUAAUCUUUGUGAGGGCAAUAGCUCGGAUCGUUCAUCGUCGCGUUCCUCAGAUCGUUCGAUAUCGCCACCGAAACGUCGUUCACCCUUUCCACCAGGUUGCAAUGUAGCCGCUUCAUUGGCGAACAAUAAUAAUUGUGCACUGCAAGUUAAUGGCGGUUUAGCGCUGAGUAAUAGUAAGUUUAUCGUAGAACCGGUUACGAAGCUACAUCACAAUAUUGCACGUCACAAAUCCGAAGACGGUGUGCUAAGCAGCUCAUCAGUGGUUGGCGGUGUUAGUGCCAUACUAUCGGCUGGUGGUGGUAGUGUCGACAAGCCGGAGAAACCGGAACGUAAAUUCAAUUCACGCGAGCUAAUUGAGAAACAAAAGAAAUGGACUUCACAUUUUACGAAAACAAAAUCAAAUCGAACGCAUAGCGACCAAAAUCGUUGUGACAUCAUCCGAACUGUGCCAGGCACAACGCUCUUUUCCGGUUCGGCCAUACAAAUGAAGGAUAAGGAAAAGGAGAGAGAGAAAGAGAAAGACAGGGAGCGUGAAAGAGAGCGGGAGAAAGAGAAUGCCAAUAUUGCCGUUACCGUUGCCACCGCCUCACCAAACGUCAAUCACAAGCCAACCGCUGCCAAUGCGGCUGUAACCAGCAUGGAACAGCUACGUUCACCCAUUUUGGCUGCUGCACAACAGCAUCAGCAAGCACAGGAUCAUCCACCCAGUCCACCGGUACGUCACACUGUCGUACCGCCUGAGAUAAAACCGCGUAGUACUAAUAAAAUUGGUAGUCCCAUCAAAUCGCCACCAUUGCCACCCAUACCAGCUGCCAAACCGAAGAACCUAAGUCCAAUUAAGUUUAACCCAGAACGUGUACGUUCGCCCACAAAACUGGCUGAUGCAACGCAGCCACCUCCACCACCUGCCAAAUCGGCUGCUGUUACGGCAGCUCUACAGCGUUCACUUGAUGAGCAACAACAAGCCGCAGCCGCAGCCGCAGCCGCUGCCUUGACAACUGCACCUGUGCCACCAGAAAAGCCACGCAAAAAAUCUAUUGAUCUCAUUGAGGGUGAGGAUAGGCUAACGCCAUCUUCGCCCACUUCAGCGACAUUCCAGUAUGUGGCCAUAGCCACAAAGCGUGGUUCGGUGGAUAGUUUGGGUGGUGGCGCUAAUGGCCUAAGCGGUAGCAUUAAUUCGGCUACAUCAUCUUCGCCAGCCGCCAGCGCUUCGUCGGGUCCUUGUUCACCUGUCUACACCGAAGACGAGAAGCAAGAGAAUGAAUCGACUGAGAAAUCAGAAAUGCAGCAGUAUUACAACAGUAUGCCACGUUCGCGUCGCAGCGAUAACGAAGGACGCUCCAACAAAUCCGAACGUCAGGAUGUCACCGAUGUCAUGAUGAAAAAUCAGCAGCAGCAGCAGCAGCAGCAAAUUCAAGUCCAAAAUCAUUCCAAUGCCAUGUCACCACAACGUUCAUUAUCCGCAGCUGCAUCUUCCGCAUCGUCGUCUGCGUCGACAGCAGCAUCCACAAAACGUAUCUCCUCAAGUAUCUCCGUGCAAUUGCCAGCCGCUGGCUUAGGCUCACGCCCACCCAGCAUCAUUUCUACAAGCACCAGUCUCGACGAGGGCGGCUUCAAUGAACCCUCACCCGAGAUCAAAGCCAAACUAAAGCCCGCAUAUGACUUUGAAACAGUCAAUGGACGAGCGGUGAGUGGCGUUAGUGCCGACGUCGACGAAUGCGACCGCAGUCAGCCAACAGCGAAUGAGGAGGCAGAGAAGCCCAGUUUGAAUUAUGUUGAUGUGGGCUAUCGCCUCAACCCGGAUGGUAGUGAAUCGCAUGAGGUUUUUGGCGAAUCCGAGCUGUACGACACGGCUAAAGUGACUGAAAUGCACAAGAAAUUCCAUGCCAACGGAUUUGCGCAAGAAACAACGACUGUUUAUGCGACCAUAAAAACUGAGGUAACAACAGCUGCCGUUGAGCUGUACUACCCAGGUGGGAAGCUAGCUAAGGAGAGAGAACGAGUUGGAGCUAGCUUAUUGCAUUCGCCCACAAAAUCUAUUGGCAGCGGUAGUGCCGGCCUCAGUGGUUCACCGGUGAAAUCGGCGGCGAUCUCGUCACCGCCAGUUGGUGUGGUUUCGCCCAUACGCCGACGCAGCUCAGAUGUGAGUGUGAAGUCAACACCGCCCAUCUCGCCAACAUCAAUCGGCAGCGGUAGUGGCAGCUGCAGCGGCACCGGCACCGCAAAUUCGACAUCGACCAGCAAUACGCGCUCAAUUGCGUCGAUUGCUGUGGCAGUGGCGGGCAAGGGGGUGGUGACACCCAUCGCCUCGCUGGCUGCACAGGAGGAGGAGUUCGAUAGCUCUGAGUUGCCGGCAUUGCCUGAGCGACCACCACCAUUGAGUGCAGUACAACACGCAACUAUAGCGACUGCAGUCGGCGUUGGUGUUGGGCCAUGUAGCGCUUUAGAUAUGCAGGAUCUGGAGUAUGCAGACAGCAGUGCUGGGGAAGAUGAAGAUGAUUUGAUGCGCGCAAUUGGGGACGACGAUGACGACGAUGAAGACGAAGUGCUGCAAGUGGAGGUGAGCGAAGCAACGCUGACGACAGUAGCCGAGGAGGGUGAGGAGGAGACGAUUGUUGUGGCAGCGGCCGGUGCGGUGGCGGCAGAUGUAGCAAUACCGCGCGAGGACAGUCUACCGGAUGACAUGACUGCCGACGAAGCUGAGCGACUGUUGAGCUCGAGAAUUUUGGAAAGCAAAAUCAGACAACAGUCGUUGCUCUCGGACGAACAAGCCAAAGAAGUCGAACAGAUACUCUCCGCCGCACCCACAGUUGGUGUGGCCGUUGCAGCUGUUGUUGCCACAGCUACUUCGCCAACUAGCAUUAAAAGUCUAAUCGAAGAAACGCAACUAGAAUCACCGCCACCAACAGAGCAGCAGGGCAAAAAGGCAACGACGAAAGCAGCUGCCGCCAAAGUUAGCAUUGACAUAGCUGGUGACGUACGUGCUGCUCCUGUAAAUGCUACCUUAACUGCAAGUGGCGGUUGUAAUCCAAUAACUGUCGCCAACGAAAGUGUUACCGCCUAUAACAAGGCCGACGAAGCGGAAGAUGAUGAUGACGAGGAGGAGGACGACGACGACGACGGGGAUGUCGACAUAGUUGGCAUUGGCGCCGCACCUGCACACAUUUUAAAUGCGACCUUCACCAAGGCGGUAGAUAGCAGCAUCAGUGCUGCAGCAACUAACAAGGCCAACAACAACAAUAACCACAACAACAACAACAGCAGCAAUACACACGACGACGAUGAGCCCGAAUGGCUACGUGAUGUACUUGAAGCGCCUAAUCGCAGUCUAGAGAAUUUGCUAAUUUCCCGCUGUGCUGGAGUCAACGAUAGGAGGCGACAUUCAUCGGAAAGUCAAGACAGAAUUGUGGGUGGUGAAAGUAGUUUUGUUGAAAGUAAACAUUCCGACUUGGUGACUGCAUCUAAGGUCGAGACUAGUUACGAUGCAGACAAUGAUUCGACACUUUUUAUACAACAACAACAACAACAACAACAACAAUACGAACAACCACAAUCACCCAGCGGUAAGCCAGGCGAACAGCAGUCACUUUUGAAUCAAACAUUUGUGCAACAGGAAUCAAGUAGUCCAACACCGCAUGGCCAAACGGGCGAAUCUCUGCAAGAAUCAAUUGUUUCGGUUGAGUCAACUCAAUCGGAUGGUACACUCAAUCAGACUACGACCAUUGAUGACAGCAUAAUCUCAAGCAAACAUAAUUCCACUUACUCAUUAGCUGAGGGUGAGCUACAUUCGAUUAAUACAAAUACAACAACUACUAGUCUUGGUGGCAUAGAACUCGACGAUUCGCAAUACUAUAUACCAGAGUAUCCGCCAGUGAAGAGCAAGGAAGUUUAUGUGGAAUCCGGAGUGCAUUAUUUCGAAGAUGGCAACUUUUGGAUGGAAGUGCCGGGUCUACUCGACUUCGAUGACGACGAACUCUCCUAUCCGCCAAUACCAGUAAAAAAAAAUACCAAAGUACGCUUUAGUUCCGGACCCAUACAAGUAUUUUCAACCUUCUCCGUUACCGAUUAUGAUCGCCGUAAUGAAGAUGUCGAUCCCGUGGCCGCUUCAGCCGAAUAUGAGCUGGAGAAGCGUGUCGAGAAGAUGCAUGUCUUCCCGGUGGAAUUAAUGAAAGGUCCUGAAGGUUUAGGUUUGAGUAUUAUUGGCAUGGGCGUUGGUGCCGAUGCUGGACUCGAGAAAUUGGGUAUAUUUGUGAAAACUAUAACCGAUAACGGUGCAGCAGCACGUGACGGACGCAUUCAGGUUAACGAUCAAAUCAUCGAAGUGGAUGGCAAAAGUUUAGUGGGCGUAACACAAGCGUAUGCCGCAUCGGUGUUACGCAAUACAUCUGGUCUAGUCAAAUUUCAAAUUGGACGUGAACGUGAUCCGGAAAAUUCCGAGGUGGCACAAUUGAUACGUUUGAGUUUGCAAGCGGAUCGCGAAAAGGAAGAACGACUGAAAAGACAACAAGAGGAAUAUUUACGUCGCACACUCGACUACUCGGAGGACUCCACACAGCCAGUUUCGGCUAAUUCUAGUGUCUGCGAGGGACCCUCGAGUCCCGUACAAGUGGAGCAUCCAAUGGAGGUCGAGGCUACGCACUCACAGGAGGUAGAGUCUCUGAAGAGGCUGCUACAGGAGCACAAAGCGAGCGAAUUGAGUUGCCUGUUAAAAGACGACAUUAUUGAUACGCUGAAGCGUAAGCUCGUCAAAUUAGAAACAACCGGCAAUGAAAACGAACUACUCAGCGAACGUUUACGCCAAAGCGAACGCGAGCUAACCAACAUCAAGAAAGAGGCUGCAAAUCUACAAAAUAUGCUACAACAAUCACAGGGCCAGUACAUGGCACUCGACAAGAAGUAUAACAAGGCCAAGCGUUUGGUGCGUGAGUAUCAACAACGCGAGGUGGAUAUGUGUCAUCGGGAGGAAUUCUAUCAGCAAUUACUGCAAGAGAAGGACACCGAAUACAAUGCACUCGUGAAGAAGUUGAAAGAUCGUGUCAUCAAUUUGGAACACGAGCUGCAGGAGACACAACGUAAGGCUGGCUUCCCCGUCGGUUUGCCAUACGAUAGCGCCACGCUCAAAUUGACGCCUCAAAUGAUGCGAAAAGCGCCGCCAAAACCACUAUUCCAGAAACUUGAAACCGAAUUGUCGGAUACGGAAAUUUCCGAUCUCUCACCCGAUGGCGAGGGUGUGAAAACGGCUACAGUGGAACGUAAAGUACCAAUUAAAGACGAAUUGGAUGCUGCAGUGCCGCAACAUGAACUUCUGGAUAAUUCGGUUACAAAGACCAAAAUAGAUUUAGCAUCUCGUGGUGGUUUAGCUAAUCGCCAGCUGCCUUCAACAGCGAACAACGGCAACAACAGCACCAGCAAUUGCAAUACAACCAACGCAGCGGGCAACAACGCCACUAAUGCCACCGCCGCCGCCAACAGCAAUAACAGCCAAAUUCAUAGCACUACUUCCGUCGCCUCCGCCGCCUCCGCCGCCGCCGCCUCCGCCACCGCUGGCAUCAACAUUAACACCAGUCACAGUCACAGCAGCAGCAGUGUCAGUGGCAACAGCAGCAAUAACAACGGCGUUAAAAGCAUCUCUUUUGGCAAGCGCACGCUCAGCAAUAGCAGCUCAGAUUGCGCGCUCGAUGACAGCGAGGAUGAUGGCACUGCCACUACGGUGGCACAUGUGCACGCCAGCGCCGCCUCGGAUAGCAAUGGACUUUCGAAUGGCAGCAAUAGUAGCGUUAUCCACCGCAAUUACUUACAGCAGCAGCAGCAUCAUGCCACCGCCACCAAUGGCCAUCACAGCGUCACUGCCGGUACAACUACUGCCAUUCUGUUGAAUUCGACCGCCAUCGCGGGCAGUGGUGUUGCAACAGCGCGCGAACAGCAAAUCAAUCAAUUGUAUGCGCAAGUGCACAAGGAUCAUAAUAAGACCGGCGUAGCAGCAGCAGCAGCAGCUGCUGGUGUUGGUCAUUCCACAAUACCGAAUAUAUUUAAGAGUGCCAUUGGUUCGCCACCCGACGUAAGCCUGGGCGUGGGCGUGGGCGUGGGCAUGGGCUUGGGCAGCAGUGGCGUUAGUGUUGGUGGUGGUGAUUUUCAUCGCAGCAACAUGACUACGUUCGGUACUAGCAAUCGUGAUCUCAAUAGUUCAUACGAUUCAAUUUUAGGCUCAAACGAUAAACUCUCCGAGAAUGAACAAUCAUCGGAGAAUUGGAUGUAUCCGAGUCGACGACGAGUCGGACCGACGGGUGCCAUCAUAAGUGGUAAGAUGCCACCUUCAUCGUUUACAGAACAACUAAAUCAAGCGUUGUCCGAGCGUGAGAGACGACUUGGUGAUGGUUCAUCCCGUCACUCCAGCGAUGAUUACACAGAAAUUAACAAAAGCCAAAGCACAGCUGCCAUCAAUUGCAAGACGCUAAUCAAUGAAAUACGACAAGCGGUGAAUGAGGCACAGCCAAAAGUUAAACAAGUUAUACCUCAAUCACUCUCUCCGCCUGGCACAGUACCAUGGCAACAGCAACAACAACAACACCAACAACAACAAGCCACCGGACCGCCAUCACCUACCAGCAUGUCCUCGGGCUGUUCCUCACCCGGCUACUCGCCCAGUCGUGCCAUUGAUUUGUCCGGUUCGAGUAGCAGUUUUUCGGAUCGCAAAGCAGCCGCCUGCUAUAAUUACAAAAGUGGACCAGUGCAUGAGUGGACCAAAGAGCAAGUUGGGCAAUGGCUUAUGGGCAUCGAAUUGGAACGUUACAUUCCUGUCUUCAAGGAACAUAAUGUUGAAGGUGGCGCGCUGUUGUCACUCGAUUCGAAAGAUUUCAAAACACUUGGCGUGAGUGGAGAUGAUAAACAUCGACUGAAGAGACGAUUAAAAGAUUUGAAGGCGAACAUCGAAAAGGAGCGAAAAGAUCAGGAACGCGAGCGACGCGAAAGAGAGAAAGCUAUACGGAAAGCGGAGAAAAAAGCGGCCAAAAAGAAGUAGAAUUAGAAAAUAUAGAAUGCAGAAAAAUAGAAAGUUAAAAAUAAAUAUUAAUUACUAAAAAAAAACAACAACAAAAUAGUAGUUGUAGUAGUCAAUAGCAAAGAGUAUCUAUUAGAACAGUCGAUAUAAUAACGAUAAUAGUAAGCAACUACCAAAAAUAUUUACGUUAUUUACUUAGUAUAAGAAGCGCGCAGUAAUAAGCAUGCCAAGGAUGCGAAUGAAUGAGAUAGAGAUGGUGGAGGGUGGCGAGGAAACAUUGAACGUAGAAAAUAUUAUUUGUUUUUUUUUUUCUUUUGCUUUUACAUACUAUGUAUUUGUAUUUAUACACACACUUUGUAUAACUUUGACGUUCAUUGAUUUCAACUCAAAAGCAAAAGAAAACGAAAGAAUAAUCUUAUCUAAGUUAUUUAUCUCUGAUUAAAUAAAAAGUUUAAUUAAGGUACGAGUAUAUUCGAUUUUUUUAAUCAAUAAGUAAUUUAUUAUAACUCAAAUUCUACAACAUCUUUGUAAUUAAAAUGUUAAGUAAAACGUAAAAACAAUGACUUGCAUAGUUUAAAUACAUACAUACAUAUGUACGCAUAAAUCAUUUAAUGCGUGAGUCAAAAAAUGAUGUUAGGUGAAACGAACAGAAGCAGAACUAAAAAAAAGGGCAACUGAAAUCAGAAAUUAAAAACGUUCAAAUUUUAUAACACACGAAAUUAUUUGACGAGGUAGAUUAGCAAGCAUGAAUAGCAAAACGAAAAGAGGUAAAGAAUGAGUGUUAGAUCGUUUGCUGAAACACACAUACACAAACACUCAUAGUUAAUUGAUGCAACAGAAAUUGGCAUAAACCGAGAAAAACAUAAACAAUGGACUGAUUUUAUGAAUAAAAUGAAUUAAUUUAAAUAUAUACUUAUAUAUAUAUGAUAUAUAUAUAUAUAAACAAACAA